UCGGGUAAUUACUCUGUCCUACAAUGCUUUUCCCCCUGCUUUGCUGGGCCGAAAUCUGCCUGCUGCUCCUCUGUGGAGGCUGCCAGCUGGUGGGACCAGAAAUGGGUUUGAAAGAAGCUGCAAAAUCUGAGAGCAUUAUUGCAGCAGCCCUUGGUGGAGAGGCACAUCUCUAUUGUAACUUCUCGCUCUCGGUGGAUGUUUUGCAAGUCACCUGGCACAAGAGAAAUGAGUCUUCUUUCCAGAACAUAGCCACCUACAGCCCACACCAUGGGUUUAGGCUGAUAGGGUCAUUUCAAAAGAAGGUGCGUUUCAAUGGAGCAACCCUAAAGGCCACAGCUAUCACACCCCAAAAUCUCACAUUUGAGGAUGAGUCCUAUUACAGAUGCAUUUUCAACGUGUUCCCUCUUGGCUCUUUCAGCAAAGAUAUAUACCUCAACAUCCAAACAAUUUCUGAGCUGACAGUCGAAUAUGACUCCCACACACCCUCCAACGGUCUCUUCACCGCAGUCUGCUCAGCAAUAGGAAAGCCUGCCCCCAAAAUCAGCUGGCUGGGUGAGAGAGAGCUGAAUGAGUCCCCUGAAAUACAACAUAUCCAAAAUGCAAAUGGAACAGUUACAGUGAUGAGCAGGCUUACCUUCUUUGCCAACCACCACCGUGCCUUGGCCUGCUUCCUUGACCACAUACAGGGAAGGAAAAUGAAAGUAGUUUACCUGGAAAAAGGAAGGGAAGGUAGGUUGUAUUUGUAUGGAAAGGUGCAGCAUGCAGUGGGGAGUGCUAAGGAAAAGAUGUGCAGCUGUGGGAGUGGAGCUGGUGUUUACAUAGGCCUUGCUAUAUUUUUCUGGAAGUUCAGAUCUUGUGCUGGAUGAAGAUUUCACACUUUGAAGCCAUCCAGAAGAUUCCUCUCCAGAGUACCUUUGUGUCUUUGUGGUGGUUGUGUACAUAUAUAUAUUUAAUAA